AUGGCUUCUCUCAAAAUUCUUUCUCCCCUCAAACUUUCUCACUCAAGUUCUACAUCUCCUCUUCAAACUCAAAAGCAACUAGUUUCUUCUAGUCUCUCUCACUCCUUCCAAACUAAAAAAUUCAACAUUUCUACAAGCAGAACAAGUUCCAAGAACACCACAACCACCGCACUCUUGUUCAAUAACCUAAAGGAGCAUCAAGAAUCUUCAAAGCCAGCUAAUAAAGUUCAAGAACUGUUUGUGUAUGAGAUGAAUGAACGUGACAGAGGAAGUCCUGCAUACCUUAAACUAAGUCAAAGACCAAUGAACUCACUUGGAGAUUUAGUUCCAUUCAGCAACAAACUGUACUCAGGAAACUUGGAGAAAAGAAUAGGCAUAACUGCAGGCUUAUGUAUACUGAUCCAGCAUGUACCUGAGAAAAAGGGGGACAGAUAUGAAGCAAUUUACAGCUUCUAUUUUGGAGACUAUGGUCACAUAUCAGUACAAGGACCUUAUCUCACAUACCAAGACACAUAUCUCGCUGUAACAGGAGGAUCUGGAAUCUUUGAAGGUGUUCAUGGACAAGUUAAACUCCAUCAACUUGUGUUCCCAUUUAAGCUGUUUUACAGGUUUUACUUGAAGGGUAUUCCUGAUUUGCCAGAUGAGUUACUUGGGAACCCUGUUGAACCAUCACCAAAUGUUGAGCCUUCUCCUGCUGCUAAGGCCACUGAGCCUCAUGCCUCAUUGCCAAACUUCACCAACUGA